UUAAUAAUCUCUAUACUAUGUUCGGCCGGGUCGAGUCAUAUUGUACUAAAUUUUCGUGCAGUGUGUGUAAGUUCAAUGAGUUAUUUAAUUUGAUCAGUAAAGAAGGCAAAAAAAAGUAAAGAAAACGCGAAUAAACGUGAUGUGCGAGUUAAAUAUUCGUAAUAUCGAGAAUGAAUAUAGUAAAUGUUAAUGUGAUCCGGGUGAUAGUUUUAGUAAUUUGCAGGCAUAUCGUUGUUAAAGCGCAACGAGCGAUCACAGAACAAAACGAUAUCAGAAAUUUGCUAACGAAUAUACCUGACAGAAUACCAACCAGGCGGGGUUUCUGUCCAGGUAGAAAUGAAUCUGCUUACAUCAUCACCGACCAGAUCGAAAUUAUUCAACAAACGUCUCAAAUAUUCCAGGAAAAGUUCCCGACAGAUUUUUCUAUUCUAGCUGUAUUCAGAUUAUCGGAAGAGAUAGUCAAUACAGCUGCAACUAUAUUCGUUAUCUACGAUGAAAAUGGGGAUGAUCAACUAGGUCUAUCUAUCAGCGAAACCGGCGUUACUUUGAUUCACAAAAAGGAACCUCAAAGUGAAGAUGACACCUCUUCGAAGACGAUUGUAUCGUUUGAUUUACCCAUUUCUCGUGGCAAAUGGACAAGAAUGGCGUUGAGUAUCAAAGGAAAUUCAGCUACUCUGAUUUACAACUGUACCGUAGAGAUGGUCCAAGCAUUUGAUCGCAAUUUAGCUCAGCAGCUGAGUAUAGGAGGUGUUACAUCGAUUGGACGUUCACUAGACGAACAAACAAAACCUUUCAAAGGCGAAAUUCAACUACUGAAGAUUGCAACUAUUCCCGAUACAGCUUACGAAUUAUGCACAGUGUUUAUUCCAGAAUGUAAUAUUACUGAGAGCGAGAGUAAUUUAAAUACAAUCACAGAAAACAGUACUUCAGUAAACGAAAUAGACGUCGAUAGAGACAGAGUGCUCACGAACAACAAUGAUUCGAUAGAUACAAGAAAUCCUUUUACCGAAGAUCAGGUAACUACCAAUUCGAUAGUAAGAACUGUAGUUGGUCCUCCUGGUCCAAGAGGUUACACAGGCUCUCAAGGACCUCCAGGUCUUCUCGGAGAAAAGGGCGAACCAGGUAAAGAUGGCUUACCAGGGAUGACUGGCGUUGCAGGAUCUCCAGGACAUGUAUUCUUGUUACCACUAAAUAAUCAAAUAAAUGAAAAAGGUCCAAAUUCGCAAGUUGAACAGCUCAGACAAAUGUUAUCCCAGCAUGUGGCAACGAUGAGAGGAUCAGAUGGACCGAUGGGACUAACCGGUAUGCCAGGACCUGAAGGUCCUGCUGGACCAGAAGGGCCUAAAGGAGAACCUGGUGAAGCUGGAGAACAGGGUACGCAAGGUUCCCGAGGUUUAGCAGGUUUACCAGGUAGAGUUGGACUUAGGGGAAGACCAGGAAGAGACGGUGAACGAGGGGCUACUGGAUAUCCAGGACCUAAAGGGGAGCAAGGCGUCGCAGGUCAAAUGGGUCUACCAGGAGAAAAAGGCGAUCAAGGUUCAACCGGGCCUAAAGGAAUUCCUGGGACACCCGGCAAUGAUGGAAUACAAGGAGAAGAAGGUCCUCAAGGACUCCCAGGUCCAUCUGGUGCAAUGGGUCCUCGUGGAUUUCCAGGUCCUAGAGGUCUAACAGGACCUUCAGGACAAUCCGGAAUUCCAGGAGCCGAGGGACCUGUGGGCGCUAAAGGAAACGCAGGUCCUCCAGGGCAAGCAGGACCACCUGGUCAGCCAGGUCUUGUUGGACCGGUAGGUGCGCCUGGCCCCCAAGGACCUUUAGGACCACCCGGACUCGCUGGCCCUGUCGGUAAACCGGGUUUACCAGGAUUACCAGGAGUUGAUGGACCUCCAGGAAAUCCAGGAAAUCCUGGUCUAGCUGGCUCUAAAGGAGAUGUAGGUUUACCAGGACCUAUUGGACCAUCGGGGCCAGCAGGAACUAAAGGACCAAAAGGAGAUGAUGGUAAACGAGGUCCAAGCGGUGAUAAGGGUGAUAAAGGGGAACGCGGAGCAGAAGGGGAAAAGGGGGAUCAAGGAAUAAAAGGAGAUCAAGGAGCACAAGGACCAGCCGGAGCAAUUGGAAUAGAAGGACCAGAAGGACCAAAAGGAAUAGAAGGUCCUCGUGGAGAAACUGGUGCUUUAGGUGCCCCUGGAGAAAAAGGUAAAAUUGGUGUUCCAGGACUUCCAGGGUAUCCCGGACCACCAGGAGAAAAAGGCGAUAAAGGGUCAGAAGGCAAACCUGGUAUUGCAGGUGAAAAAGGUCAAAGGGGAUUUGAUGGACAAACUGGCGAACGGGGUGAACCUGGCCAAAGGGGACCUCGUGGCCUUAAAGGUAGACCUGGAGUUGAUGGAAUGCCAGGCCCCAAGGGAGAUACUGGCCAACCUGGUUCUCCUGGAAGUAUAGGAGAAAGAGGUCCUCAAGGUGAAGAGGGCCCUCGAGGUUUUUCAGGACCACCAGGACCUCCAGGACCAAAUGGAAAAGAUGGAAUACCAGGACCACCCGGAGAACGUGGACCAGCAGGCGAAACUGGUUCUGCAGGACCACCAGGUUUGCCAGGAAUAAUAGGUCCACCAGGACCUGCAGGAGAGCCCGGACCCGCCGGAGAACCGGGAGCACCUGGCCAUCCGGGUCAAGCUGGUGACCCGGGACAUCCGGGUGAAAGUGGCAAAGAAGGACCUCCAGGGCAUAUCGGAUCACCGGGAAAACCAGGAGAACCAGGCUCGCCUGGAUUACAAGGAUUUCCAGGAGAACGAGGAUUACCAGGACCACCAGGCAUACCAGGUUUAAAAGGAGAUAUGGGUUUACCAGGACCACUAGGACCAGAAGGAAGUAAAGGACAGCAAGGAGAGUCUGGGAAAGAAGGUCCGCCGGGACCAGAAGGACGCAGGGGGCCUCCGGGUCCACCCGGACCUGACGGUUUAAAAGGAGACAGGGGAGAGUCAGGAAUUCAAGGCUUACCUGGUCGUGAUGGAUCUGAAGGCCAGCGGGGUUUACCAGGACCGGUAGGAGCUGUGGGUGCACCAGGGGAAGAUGGCGAUAAAGGAGACGUGGGCCCUCCUGGAGAAAAAGGAUUCAAAGGAGCUAAAGGAGAAAUGGGGCCUGUGGGGGCAAUUGGACCUCAAGGACUUCGAGGCGAACCAGGUUUAAUAGGUCCACCAGGAGAAAAAGGGUUUCCUGGUGAAAUAGGAAGAGAUGGUGGUAAAGGUGAAGUUGGACCUCCAGGACUGAGUGGGCCUCCUGGUCAACCAGGAUUGCAAGGCUUACCUGGUACACCUGGCGCAAAAGGAGACGUUGGAGACAUAGGACCGAAAGGGCCUCCUGGAAUGGUAGGGCCACCAGGAGAAAUAGGUCAGCGUGGAUCAAAAGGUGUAGAAGGACUGCCUGGGUUACCGGGUGCUGAAGGUGCACAAGGAGCAAAAGGAGAAACAGGUGCUCCUGGACCUCCUGGAAUGCAAGGAGUUGAAGGAAAACAGGGUGAACGUGGUCUUCAAGGUUCAAAAGGUGAAGAAGGCAAAUCUGGCCCUCCUGGAAACCAAGGUCCCAUAGGGCCACCUGGUCCAGAAGGUCCAAAAGGAAACGCAGGACCACCAGGUUUCCCCGGAAACCCAGGGGAACCUGGCCUACAGGGACCAAGAGGUGAACCAGGAAAAGAUGGCGAAGAUGGUAAACCAUGUACGCCAGGACCUCCAGGUGAACCAGGACCCCCAGGAAAAAUGGGACUGACUGGGCCACCAGGGAAGACGGGCAAAGAUGGUCCUGCAGGUCAACAAGGUUCGGAUGGUUUACCGGGUGAAAAAGGCGAUCAGGGGUCACCCGGCCCGGUAGGCUCUCAAGGACCGAUAGGACCACCAGGUUCACCAGGACUACAAGGAGAUCAAGGUCCUCGAGGCUCACCAGGAGCAGCGGGUGAUGUUGGACCUCCAGGAGCAAUAGGAAAUGAAGGACCGCCAGGAAAACCAGGAGUCGAAGGUGAAAAAGGUGAAAGAGGAGACAAGGGGAAAAGAGGACCGAAAGGUCACGAAGGUAUAUUAGGAGCUGCUGGAAAACCUGGCGAUCCAGGAGAACGAGGAGAAAAGGGCGACAAAGGAGAUCCCGGUCCAGAAGGGCCAAAAGGAGAAAUAGGCCCAAUAGGUCUUCAAGGCCAAAAAGGAAAUGAUGGCCCUCCAGGACCAGCAGGCAUUGAAGGACCUUCAGGACUAAAAGGCUUACAAGGUGUUGCUGGAGAUAAAGGAGAACGAGGUGUACCUGGUCCAUCAGGACCCCCAGGACCAGCAGCAGACUUACCUCUGUUACCACCAGAACUUCUAUUUCAAAAAGAAUCUAUUCGAAGAAGGAGACAAAAUGACAACGAUUCUAAUGAAGAAACACCGCCACCGUUUACCAGUACACCUCGACCACUACAAAAAGAAUCGCAGGGUGAACCAUCUUUUAUUGAUGUUUAUACUUCUAUUUACGCCAUGAGGGAAGAUUUAGAAAGAAUAAGAAAACCACUUGGUGUUCGUGAAAACCCAGCUAGGACUUGUAAAGAUUUAUAUUAUAGUCAUCCUCAAUUCAAAAAUGGCUGGUAUUGGAUAGACCCGAACUCGGGAAUGCCAGAUGAUGCCAUUUUCGUCUAUUGCAAUCUAACAGCUGCCGGAGAGACGUGCAUAUAUCCUGAUUUGCAAUCUAGACGAAUGCCCAACAUUCAGUGGAGAAAAGAAAAUGAAAAAGGCGAUUGGUACUCAAAUUUAAGAGGAGGAUUCAAAAUUGGUUACGAAAGCACAGGCUACGUUCAAAUGACAUUUUUACGCUUACUACAUGAAGAAAUUCGCCAAAAUUUCACCUAUACUUGCAUAAAUUCGGUGGCUUGGUUUAAUGCUAAGUUAGGAAAUCAUAAUUCGGCCAUUAAAUUUAUAGACGAGAGUGAAACAGAAUUUUCGGUCGAUUCAUCGAAUAAAGUCACCGUUACACAUGAUGGAUGCAAAUGGAAAGGAAAAGGAGAAACAGUAUUCGAGAUUAAAACAAAAUCUAUGAAGCGAUUACCGAUCACCGACUUUUUCCCGGUAGAUUAUGGAAUGCCAAAUCAAGCAUUUGGGUUUGAAAUAGGACCACUAUGUUUCAAAUAA